ACCACCGCCCCCCGCGCCCAGAUCUCUCUCCCCCUGGCGCUCCGGCGAUUCGCGUAGAUCUGGGGUGGGGAGGGGCGGCGGAGGAGCGGGGGGAGAUCUGCGGCGAGGAGGAGGAGGAGGAGCGUGAUGGAGUUGGGGAUGGGAGCAGGGGGCGGGAUGCGGAGGUCGGCGUCGCACACGUCGCUGUCGGAGUCGGACGACUUCGACCUCACGCGGCUGCUCAACAAGCCGCGGAUCAACGUGGAGCGGCAGCGGUCGUUCGACGACCGUUCGCUCAGCGACGUCUCCUACUCCGGCGGCCACGCCAGGGGCGCGGGGUUCGACGGCAUGUACUCGCCGGGGGGCGGCCUGCGGUCCCUCGUCGGCACGCCGGCCUCCUCCGCGCUCCACUCGUUCGAGCCGCACCCCAUCGUCGGCGACGCGUGGGAGGCGCUCCGCCGCUCGCUCGUCUUCUUCCGCGGCCAGCCCCUCGGCACCAUCGCUGCCUUCGACCACGCCUCCGAGGAAGUCCUCAACUACGACCAGGUGUUCGUGAGGGAUUUCGUGCCGAGCGCGCUGGCGUUCCUGAUGAACGGCGAGCCGGAGAUCGUCAGGAACUUCCUGCUCAAGACGCUCCUGCUGCAGGGCUGGGAGAAGAAGGUCGACCGGUUCAAGCUCGGGGAGGGCGCCAUGCCGGCAAGCUUCAAAGUGCUUCAUGACUCCAAGAAGGGCGUUGACACCCUGCAUGCCGAUUUCGGGGAGAGCGCCAUUGGCAGGGUCGCUCCGGUGGACUCGGGGUUCUGGUGGAUCAUACUCCUGCGGGCCUACACCAAGUCCACCGGGGACUACUCGCUCGCGGAGACGCCGGAAUGUCAGAAGGGGAUGAGGCUGAUACUGAGCCUGUGCUUGUCUGAGGGGUUUGACACCUUCCCGACAUUGUUGUGUGCUGACGGUUGCUGCAUGAUAGAUCGCAGAAUGGGUGUUUAUGGGUACCCUAUUGAGAUUCAAGCCCUUUUCUUUAUGGCACUAAGGUGUGCUCUACUACUGCUUAAACAAGAUAAUGAAGGGAAUGAGUUUGUAGAGAAGAUUGCAACUCGUCUUCAUGCUCUAAGUUAUCACAUGCGAAGUUACUUUUGGCUUGAUUUCCAGCAGCUAAAUGAUAUUUAUCGCUAUAAGACAGAGGAAUAUUCCCACACAGCUGUCAACAAAUUCAAUGUCAUUCCGGAUUCUAUUCCAGACUGGUUAUUUGAUUUUAUGCCUUGUCAGGGUGGUUUUUUCAUCGGUAAUGUUAGUCCUGCAAGGAUGGACUUCCGGUGGUUUGCACUUGGAAACAUGAUUGCUAUACUAUCAUCCCUUGCUACACCUGAGCAAUCCAUGGCCAUAAUGGAUCUCAUUGAGGAGCGCUGGGAAGAGCUUAUUGGUGAAAUGCCUCUGAAGAUAUGCUAUCCUGCUAUUGAGAACCAUGAAUGGCGGAUUGUGACAGGUUGUGAUCCAAAGAAUACUAGGUGGAGUUACCACAAUGGAGGAUCUUGGCCAGUGCUGCUAUGGCUGCUCACAGCAGCCUGUAUCAAGACUGGGCGGCCACAAAUUGCAAGGCGGGCAAUUGACCUAGCUGAGAGAAGGCUGUUGAAGGAUGGUUGGCCAGAGUACUAUGAUGGGAAGCUUGGGCGGUAUGUUGGCAAGCAGGCAAGGAAAUUCCAGACUUGGUCGAUCGCAGGAUAUUUGGUUGCCAAGAUGUUGCUGGAGGACCCUUCUCAUCUUGGAAUGAUAUCGCUAGAAGAGGACAAGGCAAUGAAGCCUGUUUUGAAGAGGUCUGCCUCAUGGACAAACUAAGAUGUCGACGAAAAUUUUUAGGGAAGCAAAGUCAGUUCGGGAACAAGAAUUCUUUUGGGUAGCUCUUCUCUGCUCAUCCCUCCAUUUGACUUUCCGAAAUGGAAAAGUUUGUUUCAUCUGCAUUUUCCGGUUGUACAAUAUGUCAGCCCAUUUCUUAUUAACUAAAACGAAGCAAUUGCGGAAAUGGGCGUUUUGGUUUCGAUCCCUGCUUGUAAGAAGAUUCCUGCUUUGGGUAAAUCUUAAAGCUGAUUCCAGUUUCCCUGAUCUGUUGAUGGAGAGAAGUGCUACUCUAACGAAUAAUAAAGCUCAAUUUUCUGCAGCGCCUCCUAUCCAAAGAGUUCGUUAACAUGUUUGUUGCCUAGGAAGGCCAAGUCAUACAAACCGUGUGCCUCGUGUGUUUCCUCCUUUUCGUUCUCUUACAAAUUUGAAGUUGUACUUGUGUUCAAGGAAAGAUCAUGGCAAAAGCUUUUCCCUGGUCCCCUGGUUGGAUAUCUCAGUACCUUGUGUUCUUGAGACAUUGUUGGAACAUGCUAGUUUGUGCAAGCAAGUGAUAAUAAUUCAUUUGGAGUUUUUGUCUACGGCUUUAUCUUCGAAA